AACAAAAACAUCAGUGAUAGCACAUCUACCUCAAUAGAAGAAAUAGAACGACCAAUGAUAGACAUGUCAAUAUGUAUUCCAAAUAAUGUAAUUGUAAAGCUUGGAGAGUGUUACGAUGAAACUCUGAUAACCACUAAUAACAAAAUGCCAAGGAAAGAAGAUAGGUUGCAAAUAAUGAUAACAUAUGAAUACAGAAAGAAAGUAGCAAAAAGUUACUCCAAUAAGACUGCAAAGGAAUUCUCCAACAAUGCUAAAGCUACAGCAGCCAAACUUAACGAAAAAAACAAUGUUGAGUUGAAAGAGUACAACAAUAAAGAAAAAAUUUCUGAUCCAUGUAAAAAAAUAAAAUUUUUACAAGAACCAGAAAAUGAUGACCCUAGUAAAAUUCCAAAUGAACAUGGUAGCAUGCCAAUAGGACUAGUAUAUAAAAACAUGAAACCUACCAGUAGCAAAACCCUGAUGAAUACAGACAUGGAGAAACAUCUAGAUGAAACAAUAGUCAACUAUCCUAGCAAGAUCCUGAAGGAAUAUUUUAACAAUGAUGAAGCUCUAGCAGCUGAAAACUAUAAGAGAAACAAUAAUAUAAACAAAUGGAAGAACAAGCAGAAAGAAGCCGAUAGAUUAAAGGAAGUGAUAUACCGACUUGAAGACAGAACAUCGUAUGAUAAAGUGGAAGGGAAUCUUAAUGAGAAGAUUUGCUCAGAGCUGCUAAGAAAAGUUGUACUAGUAGAUAAUUAUAUAAAGAAGAUUGAUAAAAUGAACCUAGCAGAUGAUGAAAAAAAUGAAGGACAGAAAUUAACCUAUGACAAGAUAUUAGUAAAUAAUGAUAGACCUAUAGAGUUUGAAUUGGACAUGGGAAUGACAGUCACACUAACAGACCUAUCUAGCAUAAAAAAUCCACCAAUUCCAAUGGACCAUCGAGACCAAGAAGGAGGGCUCAAUGUGAAUAUUGGAAAUGGAAAUAGAAAUCAUGACACCACAUCAAUAAACUCCGACAUACUUGUGAAAAAAGAAUUUGAAGCUAGUAAACAUGAACACAUGAUGAAAGAACAAUGA